GCGAAGAUCGCGGAUCGCGGAUAGCGAAUGUUUUGAGGCAGACGCCGUUCCUCUCUGCGCUAGUUCAGGUGUAUCUAGGUUAAAUUCGCGAGUGGAGUGUGUUACAAAAUGAUGGAAAGUGUGCAAAAAAGGCAUCAGAAAGCGAUCCGAAAAUUGACUAACUAGAUUGUUGGCCAACUGCCGUGCUGUGCUGUCGAUUCAUCGAUUCGUGGAUUCGGGUCUGGUGUUCGUUGAUGAAAAGCGAAACCUGUGCGAAAAAAGAAAGCGAGUUUUCACUUUUUAUUUAGUCAGCCAUCGCUGGAAGUGCACUUCGUCCCGGCUUCCCGCUCUCCGCUCCCCGGAGUCCCAAGUGCCCAGUUUGUGAUAAAGCCAGAGCGAGCACAAGUGCGGCGAGUGUUCGAUCGCUCCGCCCGAUCGAGGAACCAAAGAACUUUAGACGGCCAAGACCCUCUGGAAAUCAGAAGAACACAAGAACACAGCCACUCGCGCAAAAUGAUAAAAACAAAGAGCAGCGACGACAAGCUCGACACGCUCCUCUCGCGCAGCGUGGUUCCGAUCAUCGAUCUCGCCCACUGUGGUAUCGAGGAGGUGCCGGUCAAGUCCGUGGUCAACCGCGUGGGCCACCAGCUGAAGAAGGCGCUCUCCGAGAAGGGAAUGGCGCUGCUGGUCAACCACGGAAUAUCAGAUGAGAAGCUCAAGACUGCCUGGGAUCACCUGGAUGACUUCGUGGACCUCCCGCCAGAUGUGAAACAGCACUACAUCCGCACGGAUGGCGACAAACACGGCUAUGUGAGUCGUGGGCAGCAGCGCUUCGAUGGAAAGGCGCCAGAACUAAGACACGCCUUUAACAUCAGCACGCUGAACGCCCAGAAUCUGCCGGAGGAGCCGCUGCCCGGGUUCGCGGACCACAUCAGCACCCUGGCCACGGACUUCAAGGCGCUGGCCAGCUUCAUCCUGCAGGCGCUGGCCGUCUCCCUGGACAUCCCGCACACCUUCUUCCUGGAGAAGCACUCGCACAUGCUGUCCGGCGACCACGACAACAUGAGCUCCCUGCGCAUGCUCUACUACCCGCCCAUCGUGGACGACGAGCCCGGCCAGAACGACGUGAUCAAGGGCCGCUGCCAGUACAGCUACCAGCGCUGCCUGUCCAACCAGCCGGACUUCCGGCCGGAGCACAAUCCCCGCGACGAGGACGACUGCAACGAGGUGGACGGGCCCAACGGUCAGCUCUUCGAGCACAAGCUAGGCAGCGGGGCCGUCAUCCAGUGUCCCCCGCACGUCGACUACGGCACCUUCACCCUGCUCUCCCAGGACUCCGAGGGCGGGCUGGAGGUGAAGCUGCCCGGCAGCGAGAAGUGGAACCGCGUGGGCCACCUGCCCGGCUCCAUUCUGGUCAACUGCGGCGAGAUCCUGAAUAUCUGGACUCAGCAGAGAUAUCCCGCAUUGCAACACCGCGUGGUUAUUCCCGAGCAGGAACACAUUCGCGCCCGUGGCCGCCACUCGAUAGCCUUCUUCUGCCAUCCGGACAACAUCACCACGAUAUCGCCGAACGAUCUGCCCAAUCCGGAUGCCAACCAGGACAAGGCUCUGCUCAAGCAGCGAAAGAAGUCCUUCAAGGCGGCGAAAGAAAGGGUCUACAACGCAUAUCAGUUGAUACAGAAGAAGUUUAGAGAUACGUAUAGCAGUAACAACCACUCAUAACGUCGAACCCCGAGCGUCGAGCCAUCCAUCGCAUCUCUACCUGAACCGGAGUGAAGUUCGUCGAGGAAUCGGAUGGGGAAAAUAAGAGAAAGGCAGCAAAAGCAAAAGCAGAUGAUCUGAUGUUUUGAACCUUUUUAUUAUUACCUUUACUUUUAUUCCAUACGAUUGUAAUUGCUUCAUUUCAUUAAUUUAUAUGUAUCGCGUACUAUAUACAAUACAUGCAUACACCGUAAACAUAUCCCUCUGUAUAAUAAAUAUAUAUGUAUAAUUUAAUAUAGUGUCCACUGAAAAA